AAACACUCUGAGUGAGACUUUCUCCUGUGAAACAUCUGAGGACUGAACAUGAAAAGUUUCCUGAUUGUCACCUCGUGUCUGUGGACGUGCGCUCUCGUGGUUCACAGCCAACAUCCAACCUGUAACUUCCUGCGGGAGGUAGAGAAAGACCAGGCCGAGUGUGUGAAGAGGCUGAGGGAGGAGGAGGCCGCCGGCAGGAAUAAAGAAUCGGGAUGCAAGGGAACUUGGGACAGCAUCGCGUGCUGGCAGCGGGCUGGAUUUGGAGAGACCAUCACCAUCGCCUGCCCGCGAGUCCUUAAGUCCAUAUUUGGCAGACAUGGUAACAUCAGCAGGAACUGCACAACCGCGGGCUGGUCGGAGGUUUUCCCGAACAUAAGCAGCGCCUGCGGGUCGGACUCCAGCCAGGACAAGCUGGUCUUCUACGUGGUCGUGCAGACGCUGUACACUCUGGGCCACAGCUUGUCCCUGAUCGCUCUCACCACAGGAAGCGCCAUCCUGUGUCUCUUCCGGAAGCUCCACUGCACCAGGAACUACAUCCAUCUCAACCUCUUCGUCUCCUUCAUCCUGAGAGCCGUGGCCGUCUUGGUGAAGGACGACAUCCUCUUCAACAGGAGCUCUCAGUGCUCCAACCAACUAUCUCUGGUGGGAUGUAAAGCGAGCCUGGUGUUUUUCCAGUAUUUCAUCAUGGCCAACUUCUUCUGGCUGCUGGUGGAGGGUCUCUAUCUCCACACUCUGCUGGUCGUCAUCUUCUCUGAAAAUCGACACUUCAUCGUCUACAUGUUCAUCGGCUGGGGAAUCCCCACCGUGUUCGUCUCUGCGUGGGUGAUAACGAGGAUUUAUCUGGAAGACACGGGGUGCUGGGAACGAAAUGAGAACCCCAUUCCCAACUGGGUGAUCAAUGGACCGAUUGGAUUUUCUAUCCUGGUCAACUUCAUCCAGUUCAUCAGCAUCAUUCGGAUUUUGGUCCAGAAGCUGCGGUGUCCUGACGUGGGCGGCAACGAUCAGUCACAAUACAGGCGGCUGGCCAAGUCCACCCUCCUGCUGAUCCCGCUGUUUGGGAUCCAUUACGUGGUCUUCGUGUCUCCCACCGAAUCCAUUGCAGAAGAUUAUAAAAUAUUCUUUGACCUGGCUCUAGGAUCGUUUCAGGGUCUUGUAGUUGCCAUUCUCUACUGUUUUCUCAACAGCGAGGUUCAAGGGGAGCUGAAGAGGAAGUGGCUGAGCAUGUGUCUGAACUGCGACCUGAGCAGAGCUCACCCGUUCAGCAGCAACUUCACCUCCAGGAACGGCUCGGAGCACAUGAUGCAGUUUCAGCGCAGCUCCAGAGCCCAGUCCAUCCUGCAGUCCGAGACCACGGUGCUGUGAGAGCAGGAAGACGGAAGACAAAACGCAGCCUCCAGGUCGGCCUGGGUCCAGUAGUUGAGCAAGAUGUUAACGUGCAGGUGUCGAGAUGAAGCACCACAUGGGUGGGGGACCUGCAGAGUAGGUGUUGUUUUAAGCUUUACAGAUCUCUGUGAGCCUUCAAGUGUCUCCUAAAUGGACCAAAAGCUGUUAUGAUCUGUCCUGUGAGAUGCACUUGUGUUUACAGCUAACAAAGAGCCAUUCACUUUCACUUCUCUUCUUGUGUCGUAUGGAGAUGCGUUUUGAGCAGAAAAACACAUCUGGAACUUCUGUUUUUGGCUUCACCCCCUCCCCAAGGAACCAUUGGCAUGAGGUGGAAUAUAACAUGUGCAAACUUGAAUGUCGCGUAUGUUCGUGCUGCUGCAACAUCAGUCAAACGUUUUGACACUUGUGCAUAGUUUUGUCUUUAUUUUAUCGUAGCUGCAACUGGGGACUGGAAACCCCAAUCCUCAGUUAAUUGGACUGUUAUAGUACCUGCACAGGAGAGGGGUGUCUAGGUAGAUACAUCUAGGGCCAGUGACGUAGUAGAUGAUGCACGAUAACGCUUUAAUCCAUUUUAAAAAGCAAAAAACAAAUCCAAAAUGACUGAGGUAUUGGAUUGGUACUCUGUACUGUCCAAAACCCAAAGCUAUCGGAGGUAUCGGAACAUGUGUAGUUCCAGCGCUGUUUGUUGGUGUACGGUGCCUCUUUGAGGGGCUGAGCUGAACUGGUCCGGCGAAGGUCCUCUGCACUCUCCACAACAACGGAGGACUCUGUUCUCGCUCCCGGGACGGCGAGAGAAUGAAUCAGCCGUGCUUUUGGGACUCGGUGCAGCUGGUUCUCGACACGUCGUCUGGGGAGAACUUUUCCCCUAGUUGAUAUUUUUAGUUCCGCCUGCCGUGUCUUGGUGAGGUAAAGUGGAACAGGUAGUAGUCCCACACACACGGCUGCUUUGUGCUGCCUCUGUACCACCUUCGUCCUCAUCUGUCGUACCCCGGUUCCUCCUUGGAAGUUGGUUACCGAGGUGUAAUCCUGGAUUCACACCAAAAGCGCCACGGGCGUCAUAGGCGUCCGGUUGCCAUUCAUUUUCUAUGAAAGCGCGCUGCGAGAGGCAUCAGAGGCCACGGAGGCAUUGGAGGCGUCGGGAGCAGCGUUGGAGGCAUCCAGAGCGUCAAUUUGAAGUUGAGAAAUCUCAACCUUAUGCAAAUGAGCAGCUGCGAUGCCAAGGCAGCGUCCAAUCACAGA